UGGGCGGUCCUUGCCGCUCACCGCAAGAAGAAAAGCCACCCAUUCGUCCCCCUCCCCUACCUCCAAUCCUUUGCCCAGGAGCUGCCUUGAUCGCAGUCACGCCCCUUCCUUCCGAGGAGAUUUCUGGCUGCCCAAGCUGGUAGACCCCCUGAUUUAUUCCUUCAUCUCCGCUCCCUUUCGCCUCAUCUUCUCUUAGUUCUCACCGCCUCCUCCACCCCCACCUCCAGUCUGUCUCGCCUCCGACCAUCCGCUGCUCCACCCUCCGGCCCGGUAUCCUGCUUGUCCACUGCCACCAAGGAGAGCCCGGACCGAGCAGCGAGGAGGGGAGCAGCCGGGAGUUGGGGCUUCCCUCCUGCCCAUCCCUGGCCUCCGGCCUGGGACGGAAGCCUCUUGAGCGAGCAGAGUCGUCACCUUGUCUUCGUUGCUUACAGGGAGCUGUAGAGAAGGACAAAUAAGACAACAGAAGUGAAAGAGCUUUUGUCUCCUUAGAAGAAAGGCUGAGAAACUUAAGAGUGACCAGUGGUUGGACUCUUGGCGGCGCUAACCCUGAACCUGAGUGUUAGGGGAGAGGGAAUCUGCGUUGCGGUUUCUGGAGCUGCUCAUAAGCAAGAAUUCCCUAUCCUGAUCAAGGCUUUAAGCCUAAAAGAAAGCAGAAAUAGGUCAAGGGCAGCCCAGGUGCCCAAUUUCUCUCUCUCUUCACAAGGCACCACCAGCAAUAGAGAUGAGAAAUUCUGAAGAACAGCCAAGUGGAGGAACCACGGUUUUGCAGCGUCUGCUACAAGAGCAGCUUCGCUAUGGCAAUCCUAAUGAAAACCGCAACCUGCUUGCCAUACACCAGCAAGCCACAGGGAACGGACCUCCUUUCCCCAGUGGCAGUGGGAACCCAGGCCCUCAGAAUGAUGUGUUGAGCCCCCAAGACCACCACCAACAACUCGUGGCUCAUGCUGCUCGACAAGAACCCCAGGGGCAGGAAAUCCAGUCAGAAAAUAUCAUCAUGGAGAAGCAGCUUUCCCCUCGAAUGCAGAAUAAUGAAGAACUCCCGACCUAUGAAGAAGCCAAGGUCCAGUCCCAGUACUUUCGGGGCCAGCAGCAUGCCAGCGUUGGAGCUGCCUUCUACGUCACUGGAGUGACCAACCAGAAGAUGAGGACUGAGGGCCGCCCAUCAGUUCAGCGACUUAAUCCUGGAAAGAUGCACCAGGAUGAAGGACUCCGAGACCUUAAGCAGGGACACGUUCGCUCCCUGAGUGAACGGCUCAUGCAGAUGUCACUGGCCACCAGUGGAGUUAAGACCCAUCCACCUGUCACCAGCGCUCCCCUCUCCCCACCACAACCCAAUGACCUCUACAAGAAUCCCACAAGUUCCAGUGAAUUCUACAAGGCCCAGGGGCCACCUCCCAGCCAGCAUAGCCUGAAGGGCAUGGAACACCGAGGCCCCCCACCAGAGUAUCCCUUCAAGGGCAUGCCACCCCAAUCUGUAGUGUGCAAGCCCCAAGAGCCAGGGCACUUCUAUAGUGAGCAUCGUCUGAACCAGCCAGGGAGAACAGAGGGGCAACUGAUGAGGUAUCAGCAUCCCCCUGAAUAUGGAGCAGCCAGGCCAACGCAGGACAUCUCAUUGCCGUUGUCAGCCAGGAACUCUCAGCCUCACAGCCCUACUUCUUCCCUCACGUCUGGGGGUUCCUUGCCCUUGCUGCAGUCUCCACCCUCCACUAGAUUGUCUCCUGCCCAACACCCCUUGGUCCCAAACCAAGGAGACCACUCAGCUCACCUGCCUAGGACGCAGCAGCAUUUCCUUCCUAACCAGGCUCACCAGGGGGAUCAUUACCGUCUCACCCAGCCUGGCCUGAAUCCACAGCAGCCACAGCAGCCGCCGCACCAUCACCACCAUCACCAGCAGCAGCAGCAGCAGCCGCCGCCGCCGCCGCCGCAGCAGCAGCCGGGAGAAACCUAUUCAGCUAUGCCUCGGGCUCAGCAGUCGUCUGCUUCGUAUCAGCCAAUGCCAGCCGACCCUUUUGCCAUUGUUUCUAGAGCCCAGCAGAUGGUUGAGAUUCUCUCAGAUGAGAACCGAAACUUGCGGCAGGAGCUAGAAGGCUGCUACGAGAAGGUGGCAAGACUGCAGAAGGUGGAGACAGAGAUCCAGCGUGUCUCGGAGGCAUAUGAGAAUCUUGUGAAGUCCUCCUCUAAACGAGAGGCCCUGGAGAAAGCCAUGAGGAACAAGCUCGAGGGCGAGAUUCGGAGGAUGCAUGACUUCAACAGGGAUCUGAGAGAGCGUCUGGAGACUGCCAACAAGCAGCUUGCAGAGAAGGAAUAUGAGGGGUCAGAAGAUACCAGAAAAACCAUCUCUCAGCUCUUUGCAAAAAAUAAGGAGAGUCAGCGGGAGAAGGAGAAACUGGAAGCAGAGCUGGCCACUGCCCGUUCUACCAACGAGGACCAAAGGCGACACAUUGAAAUCCGAGACCAGGCCCUGAGCAACGCCCAGGCCAAGGUGGUAAAGCUGGAGGAAGAGCUGAAAAAGAAGCAAGUGUAUGUCGAUAAAGUGGAAAAGAUGCAGCAGGCUCUUGUACAGCUGCAGGCAGCAUGUGAGAAACGUGAGCAGCUGGAGCACCGUCUCCGGACACGACUGGAGAGAGAACUGGAAUCCCUUCGAAUCCAGCAGCGCCAGGGCAACUCUCAGCCCACCAACGUUUCAGAAUACAAUGCCGCUGCCCUGAUGGAGCUGCUUCGUGAGAAGGAGGAGAGGAUCCUGGCCCUGGAAGCCGAUAUGACUAAGUGGGAGCAGAAGUAUUUGGAGGAGAACGUGAUGAGACAUUUUGCUCUGGAUGCUGCAGCGACCGUAGCUGCCCAGAGGGACACAACAGUCAUCAGCCACUCUCCUAACACCAGUUAUGACACAGCUCUAGAAGCUCGAAUCCAGAAGGAGGAAGAAGAAAUCUUGAUGGCCAAUAAGCGUUGCCUUGACAUGGAGGGCAGGAUCAAGACCCUCCAUGCCCAGAUUAUUGAGAAGGAUGCCAUGAUCAAAGUACUCCAGCAGCGUUCCCGGAAGGAGCCGAGUAAGACAGAGCAGCUGUCAUCCAUGCGGCCAGCAAAGUCUCUGAUGUCCAUUUCCAAUGCUGGAUCAGGCUUGCUCUCCCACUCUUCCACCUUGACCGGCACCCCCAUCAUGGAGGAGAAGCGGGAUGACAAGAGCUGGAAGGGGAGCUUAGGUAUCCUCCUGGGUGGAGACUACCGUGCCGAGUCUGUACCUUCCACGCCUUCGCCUGUGCCGCCCUCCACUCCCCUGCUCUCAGCUCACUCCAAGACUGGCAGCCGGGACUGCAGCACCCAAACGGAACGGGGAACGGAACCCAACAAAACCGCAGCUGUCGCUCCAAUCUCUGUUCCUGCUCCAGUUGCUGCUGCCGCCACUGCUGCUGCCAUCACUGCCGCCGCUGCCACCAACACUGCCACCGCUGCCACCAACACCACCACCAUGGUAGCUGCUGCUCCAGUGGCUGUGGCUGCCGCUGCUCCAACUGCUGCCACCCCAUCUCCAGCAACUGCUGCUGCUGCUCUUGCCGCUGCUGUUUCUCCAGCUGCUGCUGCUCCGAUUCCAGCUGCUGCCUCUGCUGUUGCUGCUGCUGUUGUUGCUCCUGCUGCUGCUGCUGUUCAGGUUGCUCCAGCUGCUCCGGCUCCGGUUCUAGCUCCAGCUCCAACUCCGGUUCCGGCUCCAGCAACGGCUCAGGUUUCUGCUCCGGCUCAGACUCAGGCACCAGCUCCGGCUCCGACUGCGGCUGCUCCUCCAGCUCCAGCUUCAACUCCAGCUUUGGCUCAGGCUGAGGCUCCUGCAAGUCCAGCUCCCAGUUCUGGACCACGUCGUUCGCCUGUACCAAGUUUGAGCUGCAAUCCAGAUAAGACGGAUGGCCCUGUUUUCCACUGCAAUACUCUGGAAAGAAAAGCUCCCAUUCAGAUCCUGGGACAAGAGCCUGAUGCAGAGAUGGUGGAAUAUCUCAUCUAAACGGCCUAAUCCAGAGCUGCAGUGUAUCAGCAAGAAUGUUUUUAAUCAUUUUUCCCUUUUGUUUGUUCUUCUUUUGAGGGUCAGGACAAGGGUUGGGGGGGAAUGUUUUUUUUAAUGGGACUUUUUAUUGAAACAACAUAGUACUUAGGUAUAUACCAUACGAACUCCAGUCUGUUCUGGUACACUUAGAGAGUACCUCGGAAGCCAGAUCAAUCAGAAUGUGCUCUAGAGUCUCUUGUUCGGAUUUCUCCAAAUACUGGGACUGUUUCUAGCUGGGUAGACAUCAAUGUUCUCAAUGUGCUGAAAUUUGUUGAGCAUUUCCAUAUUCCAGAUCAUUCUUUGAUUCGAAGAGCACAGCAUGUUCGGAAGACAGUGUGUAACAUGUAGUUCGGAAGUGGGAAGCCAGAAAGAAUGUGGGUGUGUGCUGUUUUGUAUAGUAACCAUAUAGGCAGCAUCCAGAGAGAGCUCUCGCCUCGGGCUCACGAAAAGGAAUAGCUUUAGGAGCUCCAUAAACUGGAGAAAAGGUAGGGAGUAUUGGGGUAUGGAAGGGUGCUGGAGCUAAUUUUCCCUCCCAAUUUCCCAGCUACCCUGGGCCAGGAGAGUGUGUUUUUCUUUAUUUCAGCGGUGCUUUGGAAGUGGAUUCUUUUGGUUCCCUCAUGGAGGUUCAUACAUUCAUAUAUAUACUCUGGAGUAAUUUAUGCAUUGGGGUAAUUAAUAUAUUGCUUUCAGAUGCUAGGAGAGUAAAUUAGCUGAGUGUUACACAACUUCUUCUCUCUUAGGGAGUUAGACCAUCAGAGGCCUUGAUGGAGAGUUGCAUGAGGUGCUGUAUGCAGACUGGUGUGGUCUGUGUGUAGCCAGGAGCACAGCUUACUUGCCUUUCCCGAGACCAAUCUGCUUAGUGUUUAUUUUUUCUCCAGCACAGAUUCACUGGUUGUGUCACCCGUCUCAAAUUGCCAGUCAUUUGCCAGAUGAGGAAGCAUUUCUGUUGACGGGUUGAAUGCUUUGCAUUUCUGGUGACUACUUUGAAAUAACUCAUGUUGUCUUUCCCAAAUUCUUCAAAAGCAUAGUUGACUAUCACCUCCAAGGGAAGAGCAUCAGAAGCCCAAAGUACUAUGCUGCGGUCAGGGGAGGGGGGCUGCAGCAGUAUCCUCAGCUACCUCUUCUCACUGCCAGUGACUCCAUCUGGGAAUACCUUUGGAGAGCAGCAGGAAAUGCGCAUGUGGGCAGGGACCAAGGAGGCCAGGGCCCCAAGCCUUAGGGCUGCCUCUAGGGACACAGAAGGGCUGCCUGUUGCCACAGGCCUCUGCCCUGUGUCACCUCUCUGCCCUUCCUUAAGGUGACAAACCCACAGAUAAUGUCAUUAAGAUAAGUUUUCAGGGGUAUG